CUUCCUCAAAUGCAAUGAGCAGUGUGCCGAGAGCGGCCCCAGCCUUUUGGUGCAGGCUGGGGCUACGCUGCUGCAUCCCCACGCAAAGCGGGGGAACAAAAAGUGGAUCAAAAAAGGCGCUGUUGCCUCCGCGGUGUUGGGGAAGCAAGACAAGAGCUUUACAGGACAGCAGAGCAGGAAAGGACUUUUAUGGGGUUGCUCGCAGCCGCUCGCAGAUGAGGGAGGAGGAAGUACGUUGGCAAAUCAACCCUCGCCGAGCUCUUGCUCUUCGUGGGGGGAAUUGCACCCCGGUCGCAGGAUCCCUGUGGGGCUACCCAAGCUCCACUUCAGCCCGUCUCCUAAGUGUGCCCCCUCGAAAAACAAAAAUAAGCUCUUUCUGAUCCAAAAUGUCCCUCAAGCUGCCGCGGAACUGGGAUUUCAACCUGAAAAUGGAUGCUGCGAAAAUAGCCCGCUCCAAGAGCGUGAUGAGCGGUGAGGCAGCAGGCGCCCGGCCAGGCUCCCCCAACCCACUGGAGCGGCCCCUGAAGAUCGGCUGGCUGAAAAAGCAGCGCUCCAUUGUCAAGAACUGGCAGCAGCGGUACUUCGUGCUCAAGGGUCAGCAGCUCUACUACUACAAGGAUGAGGACGAUGUCAAGCCGCAGGGCUGCCUGUCUCUCCAAGGAAGCACCAUAAAGGAGGUAGCUGGCAAUUCAGAGGAAGGAGGGAAAUUUAUCUUCGAAAUCAUCCCAGGGAUCUCUGGAGAUCUGAACCGGGCAGGGCAGGACACCUGCGUGCUCAUGGCCACUUCGCAGUCCGAGAUGGAGGAGUGGGUUAAAUCCAUCCGACGGGUGCUGGGCUCAGCGUCAGGAGCGGUGUUUGGCCAGCGCUUGGCGGAGACCAUGGCCUAUGAGCAGAAAUUCGGGCAGCACCAGGUGCCCAUCCUGGUAGAGAAGUGUGCUGAGUUUAUCCGGGAGCACGGCGUGAGUGAGGAGGGUAUAUUCCGCCUCCCUGGCCAGGACAACCUCGUGAAACAACUCAGGGACGCCUUUGAUGCUGGGGAAAGGCCAUCAUUUGACCGGGACACGGAUGUGCACACCGUGGCCUCCCUGCUCAAGCUCUACCUGCGGGAGCUCCCUGAGCCGGUUGUGCCCUGGAUACAGUAUGAGGAUUUCCUGCUGUGUGGACAGGUGCUGGACAUGGAUGAGAGAAAGGGUCAUCAGGAACUUCUGGAGCAACUGUCCCUCCUUCCCAGAGACAACUACAAUCUCCUCAGCUAUAUCUGCAGGUUUCUACAUGAAAUACAGCUGAACUCUAGCGUCAACAAGAUGAGUGUGGAUAACCUGGCAACAGUUAUUGGAGUGAACCUCAUCAGACCCAAGAUAGAGGAUCCUGCAACUAUUAUGAGAGGCACACUGCAGAUCCAGAAAGUGAUGACUGUGAUGAUCAGUGAUCAUGCAGACCUCUUUCCCCCAUCCAAGGAUGUGCUGCCCUCCCCACCGACCCAACAAAAUGACAAGAAAGCUCCCAUCCCACGCAGCUCAGUGGGCUGGGAUGCUGCAGAGGACACCAUGGUGCCCAGGGCAGACAGCCUGAUCCAAAGGCAAACGGUAAAGAGAGGCAACCUGAAUGCCAGCAGUGCUCCCAGACUGGCUGUCAGCUCAAGUGCACCCAGCGAAGAUAACGGCAUGCCACCUUCCAAAGAUACACCGGGAAUGUGGAAAGCACAAUCAAGGAAAAGAACUCAAACUUUACCUAACAGGAAAUCUUUCCUGACAGCUGCUUCUCCGGGGGAGAAAGGCAACAAUGACAAAAAUGACAUAUUUGCCAGUGACUUUUGGAAAGGCUCCCCAGGGAGCAGCAUGCACUCCGUAACCUCUGAAGGACAUAAGAGAACAUUAUCCCACGAUCUUUUCAAGCUGCUUGAUCUUCACCGGGCUUCAACUUACGACAACGUGCCUACCUCUCCAGCAGAAAGUGGAGAAGGCAGCAGCUCCAGCCCCAUCCCUGCAAGCAGCAGCUCUGAUAAGGAAUUCCAACCCUGUCCUAGUCCCAGCCACCAGUCAAAGGAGCCGUCCAGUCCUGCCAGCAGCCCUGCUGAGGUCUCCCAGCUUGCUCCAGAAAGCAAGGAGUUUCUGCAAAACAUGAUCCUGAAGCUGGAGAAAGAAAUGGAGGCACAAAAAAAUGACUAUGAGGAACAAAUUAAGAGCCUCGAGAAGGAAAACUAUGAAGUCUGGGCCAAAGUGGUGAGGCUGAACCAGGACAUUGAGAGGGAGAAGAAGAAGUCUGAGGAACUUGAGCUGAAGCUGUUGAAUGUGGAGCAUUCACGGGAGGACUUGGAGAAGAAAAACAAGAUGCUUGAGGAGGAGAUAAAAAACAUUGCUAAAUCUAGGAGCAAAAAUGAUGCCAAAACCAACUAGGUGAAGAUACUCAGCUGGGCAAAAACAUAAAAUGCAGCUGCAUGAAUCCAAAGGAAUUGCCAAGCAGGAUCAGAGCCAGGGACUUGUAUUGUCUGAUUUCCUUCUACUGACCAUGGGCUGGUGUAGAGGAUGGAGCCCAGAAGUUAGAGUGUAGUUUAGGCUCUGAAACAGGAAAUUUCAAAAAUAUUUUUUAGCUUUUUUUUGGUGUGUGUUUUUUCAACUCCUCUUUUGGCUGCUCAAGUUACCUACAGAGCUGGCCAACACCUCUUGCUGCUCAAUCAAAAUAUCUUGCAUGCAGGAGUUCAGGUUAAGGAUACAGGAUGGCUUUAUAAAAAACACAAAAACAAACAAACAAAAACCAUCAAGAGUCCUUCUUGCCAACCAGCUGGCUCUUUGUUGGAGACACCAACAGUGCUUCUGAGUGGAACAAAACGUCCAUAAAUCCUGGAUUUGGGCAGAUGGAAAAAACCCAAGGUCUAGGGUGGCACAGCUUGUCUCACAGUGUCCCUGGAUGCUGUGCUGCAAAUGCUGUCAGCAAAGAAAAUGAAACAUUUGCAUUAAUACAUGCACUCAAUUAUUGCUCUUAUAGAGCAAGAGAUGCCCAUACAGCCUAUCGGGUCCAUCGAGAAGUCUCAUACUGCAUCACUUGAUGUGCUGUGCCUUUGAUAUCAAGGCUCUGGGUGUAAAAUCACAAAAAUUGCAAAAGCCUCCUUACUUAAAUGGUUGUUCAGUUAUUUUAAGUCACUGAUCCUUAUUGUCAUUUGUAUAUAGAUCCUGCACAGCUGAUGUUGAGGCUUUGAAGAGCAGUUUCACACAUCUGUACACAGAGCUCUUUGUGCAGCGGGAGUCCACCAGCAACUUUACCCGGUACAGAAAAUGGAUUUUCUGCCAUUUUCCUGGCAGUUUUCAGACAAUAAUAGAUCUGGAUUUAUUUCCUGCCUCCAUUUUCAUUUUUCAUUAUUUCGUCAUUGUAGAAUAGAAUUCCAAUGGCCACCUCAGUGGAAACCUGGGUUUGCAGCACAGUGAUGAUACUGGAUCUCUCUCCAUCACUUGCUGUUGUCGGCAUAAGAACUAACUGAACCCGAGGGUCUCAUGGUGCAGGUUUGGCAAACUGUAAACCUGUUGCUUUGGCUGCUUGUUUUUCCACUCUCUGCAAGGACUACAAUGCUGCUGAAGCUUUGGUGUAGGAAAGAAAAUAACAGGACUCUGAAACCUUUCACUUAUUUAUGUUCAGAAGGGUGACCCACAAUACACAGCCUCAGCCCAGCCAUCAUGGGAACAGAAAGGGGAUCUGCAAUGGUUUUGAACCGAGACUUCUUGGACCAAAUGCAUGCUUCUGUGCCAAGCACAGUGGGAGUUAAUGCAACAACAUUGGAUAACUGUUACUGAGGACUUGACAUGAAAUUUCUGCUCAAGACAAGAUGCAGACUUGCUUGGCAGAGCCUGCAUGAGAAAAAAAAGGACUGGAGAGUGAAAGGGAUGCAGGGAAAAGAGGUAAAUGGGAGUGGAAAAAUGUUAAUAGAUAAUAAAAGUCAAUAGUGGGUAUACUGCACUUGCUGCUGUCAGCCUUGCUGUGGGGGAGUAGUGUAACACUAAAAUCAAGCCCAGCUCCUUAGGCUCAAGCUUAGAGUCAGUUUCCUGCACUGAAUCCACCCUUACUCAGCCAUGGAUGAAAAGUACAGGCAAAGGAAAGAUUUGUGAAAGUUGAGCUGCAUUUAGGAGUCUGACCUAUAACCAGCUCAUUCCACCAAUAAACUCCAGGUGGUUUUCCUUUCCUUAGGAUCCCCAGAGACUACACAGCUCCUCAAUUCCCUGUCCUCAAACCAUCACACCAGGUAUUUUUUUUUUCUGGAAUCUGACAUGGGAUGACUGCAAAAUCACAGUGCUUUCCUCCAAAUAGAGGGGUUCCUGGUGCAAACUGACCCACAGCCAAGGUCAUCUGCUCUUGCAAUGAUCAAAUCUGAUCAAAACGUUUCAAAUCUGAAACUUGAUAAUUGGAGAUCUCAGCAAGGAUUACAGUAGCCCUUUGCAUUGGUCAAGUGGGGCUGGUGCCCACAGCCUUAUGGAGGGAUGGCCAUCAUGAAGAAGACCCCAGGGAGGACAAUGCAACCUCCAAAAGGCUUAGUCAUCUUUAAAGCUGAGCUAUCCAAGCCUCACUAUCAUAUUGCCCAUUGCCUGCAUGCCCUGCAUGCUAUGGCAUCCCAAGACAACACAUUUCUUGCAUCCCAAAGUCUCUUUCUGGCAUCUCUACCACCAUUGGCACUGCAAGUCACAGUCCCCCCCAUGCACCUAUGGGAUCCAUGUCUUCCCAACACUCAGAUCAAGAGGUUUCCAAAAUGCCCAUGAGAUACAUUUCACUUUCCUUCAUUUCAGAGUAACUUGCUCCCAUUCAUGGUUGUUUAAUAUGUGAUUUCAGAUAACCUUGAGAGUACUGCUUCAGUGUUUAAUUUUUUUUUUUAUUUUUUUUUACCUUUUUAGGGAUCUAGUUAGUAAUCUGGCCAUGAGAAGCCAUUUAGAGAGAGACUUCUCUUUCGGGUCUAGGAGAAGCAUCAGGAGCAUCUGGGCUGGAAAUGCCACAUGUUCCUUUCUGUGAAGAUCAAAAGUGUGAAGAGGCAAAUAAUUCCUUCAUAGCUCACAAUAGGCCAUAGUGACGUGAAAAGGCUUGGCUGUGGCUCAGAAGUCUCUGCGAUUAGGACAAGUGCACGUUAAUUUAGUAUAAACUGCACAUUCCUCCACUUCCGUUGCAGAUAGGCAAAAUAACCUCUAUCAAACUACGUCUGUUUCUGAAGAGCAGAGUAACUUCUUUGAAGAUAUUCUGCCCAUUAAAAAUUGAAGUGUUUAUAGUGGCCAUAUUUAAAAGAUAGACUUUCCAAUGAGGUCAGGUGGUCUGGAAAUUCCCAAGUGCACAGGGGAAGCAAGCAGCCUCUGGGAAGCAACAUGGGCAUCUUAUGAGCUGGUUAUGUGAGAUAAUGAUUUAUUUUUAUUAAAAAGAAAAAAAAAAAGAAAAAAGAAAAAAAGAAAAAAAGUAGGCUUUACCAGUAGAAAGAGAUAGCAAUAUGUUUAGAAAAGCACAGACCUGCCCAUGUGGACAGACCCGUGGAAAUUUUGCAGCCUCAAGGGCACAUCCUCUCUGCUCAGCCACACAAAACCCAGAGCUGCACCUGAACACUGGCAAUACCCAAAUACUGCUCUGGAUUUAAUGCACUUCCAGAGCUUCUGUUGGGGACACCAGAACAUGAGAUCUCCAAAAACUGACUGAUGCAAGGCCUAGAUUUGCCUCCUCCUUUUCUUUUUGCAGGCUAGCCAUGAAACCUUUUAGGGAAGGAGUAGCAGAGAAUGGCUCUUCUGUUCCCAAAGCAGAGGUUGCUGCUCCUCUGUGCUGCAAAGGACAUUAAAACACUCACAGAGGGUUGCUUAGGCGCUGCUUUUCACCUCAGCAGGAUUUAAACAUUGAUUCUGUAAGUGUGAAACUGGUACUAUCAUGUAAAUAUAUAUAUAUAUAUAUAUAUAUAUAUAUAUACUAUAAAAGGAUAAGGAUAAAAAAUAAACCCAGUAGAAAUAUCUAUUUCAGUCCUGUCCUGAGCAUCAUAGAUUUGGAAAGUUGCUUCACCAAAAAGGCAUUUU